AUGCACUAUUUAGACAGAGUUUUCCCUCGAAAAUAUACUUUUAAACCAUAUAAUUAUUAUAUUCCAAGAUAUCCUGUUGUUGACACAGUUUCAGGCAAUAUACUAUACUAUUCUGUUAUUAGCAUUUUUCUAUACUUUUUAAUCGAAGUUACUCAAAUUAUUCCAAUAACUCAAGCAUUAAAACGAAAAAAGAUCGAGUCAAGACUAUUAAAUCAUUACGAUAAAGACGACGAACUACUCAAAACAUCCUCAUGGUAUCCAUUUGUAAAAUAUAUAUUUUUCUUCCUAAUAAUAUUAGCAUGGACCCAAGGAUCACGAAUUGUUACAUUAAAAACAGUUAAUGACGACGACUUUUGGCUCUUUUUCCCUUACAACAACAAAAAUGUUACAAGAUUUUUACGAAAACCGCUCAAAGUUGCCAAUUUCAAGAUUACAUCGAUAGGAAUGCUUAUAGGAGACCAAGGGAAAUCAGUCAAUGCGUUCAUACAGUCCGAUGGAGCGAUUUAUUUGACACAACAGUUAAUUGAAGUGAUGAGCGAAAGAGAAAUUGCUGCAUCAGUUGCCCAUGAGCUAGGACAUUACUAUUUUAGAGAUAUGCUCUACUUUAGCUUCUUCUGGACCAUUCCUGUUUUGUUAUUUAUUUUCAUUUUGUAUUCUUUGAUGAAAAAUGGUCUCGAAGAGUUCGGAUUUGAGAAAGAAUUACCUAUAGUACCUAUUAUAUUCAUUACUUUUGCGUUUUCUGAGUCGUUUUUCAAUGUUAUCAGAAUUGCAUCGAAUAUCUUAAACAGAGUGUGCGAAAUAAGAGCAGAUUGCUUUGCAGCAAGCUUUGAUCUACCAAUAACUACUGCAAUUCAGAAGUUAACCUCUGAUCAGGAAAGAUUAGAUAUAAAAUCAAUAGAAUUAUAUCAUUUCUUCUUCAGAACUCAUCCAAGAGGGUUAAAUAGAGAUGAUAUAUUUGCGCAUUGUCCCAAAUUUCCCACAAAACUAUUUGAUUAA